CUCUCCCCUCCCGCUGCUAUCGCGCCGUCCAGCGAGCGUAAAUCGCGAAUAUCCGCAAAUAUGUAGCCUGCAAGCGACCUAAGCCGAAAUCCGAGCCAUCGAGCCACGCAGAGCCAGGGAAAAUCAUAAACUUGAGAGUCGUCGCCAUGAUCAUGUCCCCUCAGGCUACCAGUAUCAUUCGCGAUCCAACAAGGAAGCGAGAAAGUCUUGCGAGGCAAAACGGAGGCCACGUAAUCCUGAGGGCCGAAGGCUCGUUUACCCAGACGCUUGGUAGCACAGCCACACGAAGGAUUGUCGGUAUGCGGGGGAGAUUAUGGGGACACACAGCUGUCUCUUCGUUGACAGUAGCUGAAAGAAAGGGAAUGUGGUGAUGGAGGAAGGAAGUAGAUGCUCUCGACUUGGUUUGCCGUUAUCAACCGCACAAGUGGCGAACAUGCAUACCGGGUCUCAUGCUCUCGUCUGCAGAAGGAUGGUAAGUCGUAAAGGGGCGGCAAGGAAGAAGAAGAUGCAAGGAUGGCAUGGAAUGUUCCGUUUCUGCAACGUAGGUCGAGACGGCGUUGAAGCUUGAGUACCCAACGGCAGUGGGGCUUGUCGCGGUGACGCCGUAGGGGGCGCAGAGGAGUGGAAGAGUGUAGGAUAGGUGUUAUACCAAUGAACACAACCUGAUUCAAUUAUCGUCUUCGUCGUCGCA